CUCAUAAUCACCUUUCUGUUCUAUUUACAGGCUGAAGUGAGACAGAAAUGCUCUCCACCGGAUCUUGUCGGAUUAUCUGAAACAUCGAUGUCCCUGUCCUAACAGCACACAGUCACCCAUCAGUGGAAUAAUCGGGCCUAACACUCACCUGCGUACGGAUAUCAAGGUGUAUCAAUGUCCGCAAACCACGGACACUCGUCUUACGAGCCCGGUUACCUUUCAUCUGCGGCCACUUCAUCCGUGUACAUUGCCACCCCCCGGGUCAGCCCGAUGAUUCGGACGCUUCCGUACCUCCAGACGUCCCAGCAGGGCAGCCCGGUGCCCUGCCACGGGGCGUGGACGCAGCCGGGCGCGGAUACGGUGGCCUAUUAUAACUCCGCCAGUGGGCACCAUCAAUCCCGGGUGUCAAGGUUCACCUUUUCCACGAGUCCCCCGAUGACCUCCUGGAUCGCAGAAACCCGGGACACAACGACCUACCCGAGCCCGUUAAACAUCUCGAGUAGCGCGUGCGAAGGAUUGAAAUUUGAUAAUGAUCCGUCCCAUCACGACGUGACAGUGGGGCAGACAUCGCCCCACAAUUCACACGCUCAUGACCUUCUGCAAAAUCAUCAAACAAUUCUGAAAGAAAGUAACGCCUGUGGACUCUACCACAAAAUGAACGGAAUAAAUCGGCCUCUCAUUAAACCACAAAGCGGAUUGUCUGCCAAAAGACACAAAGUGGGUUUGUUCUGCACCGACUGUCACUCCACCACAACCCCACAGUGGAGACGCAACUCUGAGCGAAAGCUGGUCUGCAACGCCUGUGGCCUCUACAUGAAACUCCAUGGGGUUCCUCGUCCUCUUUCCUUGAAGAAAGGAGGUUUUUUUAAUCGUCAGCGCAAAAAAGAUAUCAACAAGUCUAACUCUGGAGCGUCCGGCUGUGAUGUUGAGACACCCGCUGCUGUGAGCUCCAGUCCAGACUCAUUAUCUGUCAUCUCUCAUCACAGUAUACACACAGGUGUCUGCUGUGCCCGCAUACCUGGGGGAUACACAUGAAGAUGAAAUCACUCCUGCUGGACAUGACUCUGGUAACCAGUGCUAGGACCUGAGGAUUGGAGAGAUAUGCUCAGAUUUUUUGGUUCUGGUUGGAUUUAAUGAUGAAUGAUGCGUUCUGUCAAUAAAAUCUUACUUUUAGAAUCAA